CAGCCAAUCAAAUGACAGUUUGUAGUCAUGUGAUCCUGCAGAUGGACAAAAUGGCAGCCUCCAGUAACGUAACGAAAUCAGACAGGAACUGGAGUUUUCAAGAAAUUCUUGAUUUAAUUCAAGAGUAUGAAAAAUACGAAUGUCUUUACAACACCACCCUCAGGGAAUACAAAGACAGAGAGAAAAAGAAGGCCGCAUUACAGCAGAUUGCAGCUGUGUUUGAUACAACAGCUGAUGAGGUUAGCAGCAAGUUUUCAAAACUACGGAUCUAUUAUAACCGAGAGAGAGCUAAACUUACAGCUACACCCAAGAGUGGCAGUUCUGCAGGUGAUGUCAAUAAAAAGAGCACCUGGGUCCAUUUCGAUGCCCUCGAGUUCCUUAGCGACUUCUGCACCCCAAGAUCAACAAGAUCGAAUUUCGCAUCCACUGCAUCGCAGCCUCAGGAUGAAGUUGCUGAAGAUGAAGAAACUCCAAACCAUUAUGACACUGCUAUCGAUUCUGAUGUCACAGAUUAUCAACCCAUCAUGGAAAUUGAAGAGGACGUAAAUGAUCUAGUCACCCCGAGAGCAGCUGCCCCUAAAAAAUCCACUAAACAGCCCACCGGCAGAAAAUGCAGUCGAAAGCAGAAACAGGUGGACGAUGAAGAUAUCGUGCUAAAUAAAGCAAUGACGGCUCUUGAUAAGGCAUCACGCAGCCCUGCAAUGAAUGACUCAACCCCAGAUGACAUUUUUGGGCAGUAUGUUGCCAGUGAGCUAAAGGGUGUCAAGGAUGAAUACCUGAAGAAAAUGAUUAAACACAGGAUCCACACUGUCUUGUUUGAAACACAGAUGCCUCCCAGUUCCCCUUUCCUAAAUCAAGGAUAUCCAGGGGUGAAUCAAACACCACCCAUUUCCUUUAAGCCUUUUGACAAUGGAAUGGCUCCCCCUCCUCCAUGUAAUUCCUCAGGGCAGACUCAGCAGAUAUCAGCCUCACAGUUUCCCCACAAAAGCUUCACUGCUGUUAGGCCAACCUCAGCCCCACCUUCAACUCUGCUGAGCUCGCCCCCACCCCCCGAUUUCAGUGAGUAUUCUGAUGUCAGUGAGUAUGCAUCAAAUUCAUAUGAGAACAUUUACACUGUGCUCAAUUAAGGCACUCUACUGCAGAUAAAUGUUUAUGAUUACAGAAUUUUUCUCAUUAGAGAUUGAAAAUGUUUUGGCAAUGUUAUGCCGGUUACUUAGGAGUUAGGAAUAAUAGCUGCUGAUUUCAUAAGUCUUACCCUUAGAUAGUCAUCUUUCAUGGCUUCAUAGAUAGCCUCGCACACCUCUGGCACAAUGAUGGAGAUGGUUGACUUUGGUACCCAGUAGAGGUACUGUAGGCUUGUAUAUGAAUCACCUAGCAAAAACCAAAAUACCUUGAUGUCAUUCAAGUACUGGUAUAUGUGAAUUGAUGAUGAUUGAUGACAAUUAUUUUGUAGCUGAAAUUCUUAUAAAUGGAAAACCAACUCAGUUUUAACUCAUAGUUAAAACUUAUAGUUAAGUAAACCAAUUCCGUUUGAACUCAUUGUUUAGUAAAUUUCUCAUUUAUUUAGUAGUGAUUUUCAAUAAACAUGAUAAAGGAUAUCAUCGAA